AUGACCAAAACACCAAAGUUUGUGGAAUCCUUCUGGGAUGCGGAUAUAACAAGCACCAGAGGGAGCGAUGUAAUAAUACGACGAAUGAAAGAAGGCAGGAAGGUGUGCAAAGAGUUGAUUGAAUAUCUCUCCGAAAGAGCUAAAGCGGAAGCAGCGUUUGCAAAAUCUCUUAAACAUGCAGCUCGUAAAUUAGAAGGCACCUUAGAAAUAGGGGACCUGGGAAGUUCCAUACGGGCACUGAAGUCCGAGACAGAACAUAUAGCUACGGCUCAUGAAACAGCUGGUAACGAUUUGUCGUCUCUGUCGAUAGAAUUAAGCAACUUUAAUAAGGAACAGGAGGUUAUCAAAAGUCAGAAAACAGACCUUUUACAGAGAACCACAAGUAACAAGUCAUCUUGCCACUCCAAGACAGUCACGCUUCGAGAAAAAUAUAUGCAGAAAUGCCGAGAGCGGGACACGGCAGAUGAUGUAUAUGCAUCAGCGAAAAAGAGUGUGGCAACUCAGACCAAAGAUCUCAUGAAGGCAGAAAAGAAUAAAGAGAAAGCCUUUGAAAGUAUGAAACACGCAGAUACGGCUUAUAAAAGUUCUGUAGACACUCUAGAAGGAGCACACAGAGCAUGGGAGUCCAACAUGGCAGAAACAUGUGAGGCAUUCCAAAAGAUGGAGGAAGAGCGUAUCUAUCUUACACGGAACGUUAUGUGGAAGAUUACAAACGUCGAUUCUCAAGCGUGUGUGAGACAAGAUAACUGUGCAGAAAAAGUACGUCAGGUGUUGGAGAAAUGUGACAUAGAAACCGAUCUACAGACUUUUAUAGAAAACUAUGGCGUGGGACAGACGCAUCCUGAGAAAGUGCCUUAUAUUAGUUACUAUGAAAGAAAAGGGUCACAAUCAACCCAGCCAACGCUAUCAAGAUCGGGUGGAACACGUCCACGACAACCCCUCCCUUUGGUUCGUAAUUUGUCGGGAGGACCACCGAUUUCACCACCACCAACACUGUCGAGAGAACGUCCAACCAGACUCCCAUCAGACGACGAGGAUGCGUAUGCAAGCAUUAGCACAACAACUCCCGGUAAUAGAAUGGCUAAUGUAGUACGCCAACAUGAUGCAAAGAUCGUAGUUGCGGCAUCUGAAAGACUCUGAUGCCUUUUGAGCUGUCCGUUCGAGUUGGAGAUAAGGUAGAACUGCUAAAUCAAAAUAAAGGAUAUCUUCAAAUAAAAAUUGGAAACCGAGUGGGAGCAAUUCCGGAAACAUGUAUAAAUAUGCACAACUACGUCUGACAAAAUACUACAACCAUCGUCAGGACAUAUUUAUACUAAAUUAUUUUUUUACUUUUGAUAUUAAUUGGUAUAUGUAUGAAUAUAUUUUGUAACCAAGUGACAUCAGAAAAAAGUAAAUGUAUUUGACAGUACAAUCCUAUGAAUACCAAGACAAUCUGAGAAGUAUGUUGUUAUACAAAGAUAUUAGAAAUACAUAAACAUCGUAGGAGACGAUAAACUAAGUAUAUGUACAUAUAUCAUAAUAUAUCUUCGAAGUAGUUAACAAUAUGAAAGUUGAUUAAAUGAUGUUGUUUAAUAGGGAAAAUAACAGAGGAUUCUUAAAUGGCGCUUAAAGUAGAGAUAUAAAUAUAAAUGUUGAUUUAUCUUUGAGGUAUAUGAAAGUCCUUGGGUAUAUUUGAAAGUACAGUAAUUACAACUUUGUCGAUGUACUGGGAAGAUAGAUAUCAGUAUUUUAAUUUGUCUACAUAAAGUUUGUUAUAUGAUUUUUGAAGCAUCUGGAAAGUAAAAAUAUAUGUUGUUCUAUUAGUAUAAGGAGGAUUGUGAAAUUACGUCGAUACGUCGAGAAGGGAAGGGACGAGUAGUUAUUAUUGGAUUGAGCUUUAAUUCAU